GACUAUGAAUCAAUCGCUUGAUGAGCCCCUUUACCUUGACUGUCCUUCAAAGGAUGAGCCGUACUUGAGAACAUACAGAAACAGUAAUUAUACUUAUCCAAGUAACCCUGGGCAAACAACUCCAGUGGCCCCCAGCAGCAUUCAGACUACCGUUAUAACAACGCACAAGUCAUUUGUAUCACAAGUGUCCUUCCAAACGACACCAUCCAUCACUGGAACCACAGGGGAUCCCAAUCAGGUUUAUGGCAGUGAACUGCUUUGCAAAGACAAGCAUCCAUCAGAUGUCAUUCCAAGCUCAGUUCACUCUUUGCGACCAGCAGAUGUGAAAGUUAUCGGCGCUGUGGGAGACUCUCUGACGGCAGGCAAUGGGAUAGGCUCAAAACCCAAAGACGUUCUGGACGUGUUAACGCAGUAUAGGGGGCUGUCCUUCAGUAUUGGAGGAGAUGGAUCACUACAAACCACUACAACUCUACCAAAUAUCCUCCGUGAAUUUAACCCUUCUUUGACUGGAUUUUCUACUGGAAAAGGGAACCUUGAUAAGCCAAACGUGUUCCUGAAUCAGGCUUUCCCUGGAGCUUUGGCCGGAGAUCUUCCAGGUCAAGUGAGAAAAUUGGUGGACAUCAUGAAAAAUAAUUCGAAAAUUGACUUUCAGAACGACUGGAAGAUCAUCAACCUCUUUAUCGGGGGCAACGACUUGUGCAAUUACUGCACAGAUUCGGCAUAUUUUUCCGCUAUAAACUUUGCUAAACGGAUUGAGAAGGCACUGGAUAUCCUCCUCGAUGAGGUUCCCAGAGCAUUUGUGAACUUGGUCGAGACCUUGGAGCUCAUUCCAUUGCGACGUCUUUAUCAGGAUAAGGAAGUGAGCUGCCCCAGAACGCUUAUGAGGAUGUUGUGUUACUGUGUUGUGAAGCCCAGUGAAAACUCUCCAGAGCUGGAGAUGAUGUCUGAAGCAAACAGGGCCUAUCAGCUUACCACUCGGAUGCUUGUUGAAUCAGGCCGAUACGACACACGAGAAGAUUUCACAGUCGCCUUGCAGCCUUUUUUCCACCAUGUGCAGAUCCCAAUUUUAGAAAAUGGGCAUCCAGACACCUCAUUUUUUGCCCCAGACUGUUUCCAUCUAAGCCAGAAGUUCCACACACAGGUGGCCAGAGCUCUCUGGAACAACAUGUUACAACCUGUGGGUGAAAAGUCCGAUUUCCAAGAUGUUACAGCAAACGUCCCCCUGAGCUGCCCAUCACAGGAUCAACCCUUUCUUCGAACGUUCAAGAACAGCAACUACACAUACCAAGGUGCAGUUCCAACAGCCGCUCCCCCUAAGAAUUGGGGGAGCGACCUCUCCUGUGUGGAAAACCAGCCAUCAGAAGCAGUACCGACAUCAGUUCACAAGAUUCGGCCUGCUGAUAUUAAAAUCAUAGCAGCACUGGGAGACUCAAUAACCGCUGGAUUCGGAGCACGGGCAAAGAACUUGUUUCAAUUGCGAACUGAAUAUCGAGGCGUUUCAUGGAGCAUUGGUGGAGACAAAACACUUGAGGCUGUGACUACUCUGCCCAACAUAUUGAAGAAGUUUAAUCCAAAUGUCCACGGCUUUGCCUCAGGAAUUGGAAAUCUGAAAAGCAAAUUCAACGUGGCAGUCUCAGGCUCGAAGGCCAACGAUUUGUCAAAUCAGACCCAUAGACUGAUUCAGCUGAUGAAGGACAGUUCGGAAAUUAAUUUCAAAAAGGACUGGAAAGUCAUCACUCUUUUCAUUGGAGCCAAUGACCUGUGUGAAUACUGCAUGAAUAAGGAGAUGUAUUCUGCCGAUAAUUAUGUGAAGCAUAUUCAGGAGGCACUGGAUACGCUGCAGAAACAGGUUCUUUUGGGAGUCGAGGAACGAGUAAAAACUUGUUGCUUCACGGUCGUUUACUUUAAAGUUUAAACAAAGAACAGAUACAG